CGCACGCGCCGUGGACCGGAAGUUGCGUCACGGCCGCUUCCGGCGCGGCGGCUGCAAGAUGGCGGCGCUGGCGCUGAGGGGGUUGGGGCGGCGCUGCCUCCUGGCCCGGCUGGGACCUGGCCUGUCCCUGCAGCAUGUUAUCCCGAUGGGAACCACGGCCAGGGAGGAGAUGAGUCGCUUCUGGGAGAAGAACACCAAGUCCAACCGGCCCCUGUCCCCUCAUGUCACCAUCUACAAGUGGUCCCUGCCCAUGGCCAUGUCCAUCACCCACCGCGGCACCGGCAUCGCCCUCAGCCUGGGUGUGUCCCUGUUCGGCCUGGCUGCCCUCCUGCUCCCGGAGUCCUUCCCCCAUUACCUGGCCCAGGUGAGGGCCCUGAGCCUCGGCCCCGCCCUGCUCUGCUCUGCCAAGUUCCUGCUGGCAUUCCCGCUCUCCUACCACACCUGGAACGGCAUCCGGCACCUGGCCUGGGACCUGGGCAAGGGGCUGCGGCUGCCGCAGGUCACCCAGUCGGGGGUGGCGGUGCUGGCGCUGUCCCUGGCGUCCUCCGCCGCCCUCGCCGCCCUCUGAGCGCCCGCCGGGAAUCCUGGGAAUGCCGGGAAUGCCGCGCCGGCCCCGCCCCGCCCUCCCGGAGCGCGCCGGGGAAGGCGGCGCUUCCUUCCCCCGUAAAAUCCCCUGGAAUGGCCGGAGCUGCUUUUCCUGCCCCCUUCCCCCCCCCCUCGCCCGCCAGGGGCUGUCCCCGCCUGUCCCCACCUUGGGGACAAUGGUGACUCUGUGUCCCCAGGGCCACGGGAUUGGGAACGUGAGUGGGAGCAGCACAAGGAGCCCCAUUGAGGGGACCCGGGAGGGGGUGGGGGACAGGUGACACCGCCCCGAUCCUCCAUCCCUGCCCCUCAGCCCUGAAAAUCCCGCAGUUCAGCCGCUUUGGGAGCGAAAAUUCCCAGUUUUUCCAUUGGGAAGCGGUUUUUUCCUGCCCCUCAGCCCUGAAAAUCCCGCAGUUCAGCCGCUUUGGGAGCGAAAAUUCCCAGUUUGUCCAUUGGGAAGCGGUUUUUUCCUGCCCCUUAUCCUUGAAAAUCCCACAGUUCGGCCACUUUUGGAACCCCCUGCGAGUGAAAAUUCCCAGUUUUUCCAUUGGGAAGCGGUUUUUUCCUGCCCCUCAUCCCUGAAAAUCCCACAGUUCGGCCACUUUUGGAACCCCCUGCGAGCGAAAAUUCCCAGUUUUUCCCUGUUGGGAAGCGGUUUUUCCUGUCCCCUCUGGAAUAAAGCAGCUCUGACCCUCCA